ACAGGAAGUUCAACGAAGCACUUCAUAAACUAAUCUUUACUUGUUUGCAUGUUUUUAAUUUUUUAUUAGUUUUUUUUAUUUCUAGUGUAUUGCGACGCGUGGCAGACAGAAUUAUUUUGUAAUCUGUGAACUUUAGACAUUGUCGCUUCUAUUGGAGGGUGAACAAUUUAUGGGUGGACAUAUAUGUCAUUUUUUGGAAUAAUAGUCAUGUCAACAGCGGAAUUUCAAAAGGUAGUGAAACGAUUCUACGACCUUCAGGAUGAACGAGCGCAGGCUUACAAGCUUUUCGAAGAGGGUCAUGAGGCGUAUUUGAGAACUGGGCCCCACUAUGAUUUUGAACAUUACAAAUUGCUGGUCCACGAGAUAACACAGGCCUUUUCCGGGAUAUCGAAGGAAAUAUUAGAAAUCAAACUGCGAUUACAUGAAGACUUCGAUCGCCCCGAUCUCUCCGAGCACGUCGAGAAGCUGCAAUUCAGAGAAAAGACAAAGCUGGAACAGACAGCCAAGCUGCAGUUGGCAAAGCAAAAUGCCCUGGAGCACCCAGAUGAUGAGGACUGUCAAGAGAAAAUUCGGGAAAUCAGACAGCAUAUUAUAAAGAACCAGGAGGCACUGGGUGAGAUCCUGCAGGACUUCAAAUAUGACUCUGAGGAACCUGAAUGAUCGGACUGGUCCUGCUUGGGGCACUUCAGGGAGAGAUGUAAAAGAGAACUGCAGCAGCAUCCUCUUUCAUUUGCCUGUGUUACCCAAUUGGGACCAGAACCAUCAAUAUAAUAUAACCUCUCUUACUGUUGAGGUUCCCUUUGAAUCUGAAGGACACUUUUUGUGCUGUCAGGUUUCUGAAAAAAGAACUGAAUUACUUCGCAAAAAAAAAAAAAUCCCAGAAUGUUACUUCUUCCAACCAUGGUUGUGGUUAUAAUCAGCAUGAAUAUAUAUAUAUCAAGAUUGAUCAAAAACGGUUUUAAAAUCUUUUUUUUAUUGUUUUAUGAACAAUUAUUUUAUGCAACUAUUGUAAUUGUUAUUGCUACCUACACAUAACUUAGAGAUAUAAAUGUAUUUAAAUAUGCUGAUACAGUUCAAUACAAAAAUAAAAGCAAUAAAGGUGUCUACAGUCA